UGACCUCGCCCAUCAAUCAUUAAUGUCCUGCAGAGACCUGUACUUGGGGCUGCUCACAAGAAAGCAGACAGUAAAGCCCCUGCAAACCAUGAUGCGUGGUCUUCCGGGUUUUCUCCUUAGUAUUUUAAAAAUCUCCCGAGGAAAUUAUUGUCGACGUUCAUAUGGAGUACUCACCGGACAGCAGUACACAAGCUCAGACUCACAGCAGUAUGAUGGAAGGUUGUAUCCAAGCCACAUCCCAACAAGCUCUGUCCAGAAGGCUAUUUUGGCUGUAGGUUCUGGAGUGGCUGCCCUAAUGAAUCCCUACAGACAUGAUAUGGUUGCAGUGCUCGGGGAAACCACAGGGCACCAGGCCCUGAUCAAGUUAAGGGAUCGGAUGAAAAAUGACUCUGAAGGUUGCACUAUUCUUGUAGAGCGUCCAAGGAUCCGCCUAUCUACAUUAGACCUCACUCAAAUGUCAGCUUUGCCAGAUGGGACUUUAGGAAGAGAGUAUCUCCGUUUUUUAGAAGAAAAUAGAGUCACCCCCGACUCGAGAGCUGAUGUGAAGUUUGUUGACAAUGAAGAGCUAGCGUAUGUCAUACAACGAUAUCGUGAAGUCCACGACUUGUUGCAUACCUUGCUUGGUAUGCCCACCAAUAUGCUUGGUGAGGUUGCUGUGAAAUGGUUUGAAGCUGCACAGACUGGCCUGCCCAUGUGUGUUCUUGGGGCAACGCUUGGACCCCUCCGAUUGUCUGUCAGUCGUCUACAGUUGCUGGUUCAGUCUCUGGGACCUUGGGCUUUGCGCAGUGGCAGUCGUGCCCGAUGUGUUCUGAGCAUCUUCUAUGAACGGCGCUGGGAGCAGAACCUCGAUGAACUCAGACACCAGCUGAACAUUGAGCCACCCCCUGUCAAUCUGAUCCCAUCCAGCAAGAAUACUUCUUCAAACUCAUAGGUUGUGGGAGUGCUGGAGCUUAUCCUGGCAUCUCGAACCAAAGACAGGAAAACAUCCAGUGGAAGGGUGGCCCGUGCAUCACAGGACUUUCUACAUGUGUUUUUUAUUGUCUUCGGAACAUAAAAGAAUACAUUUAUUAGACUUUGGCUGUUGAGUUCCAAAACUGACAACAAAGUAUCAUGGACCAUACAACUCAUGCACAAUAUAUGUGUUCUGAAGACAUGCAGCACAUUUGUGUUGUUAUUUGAUGAAAAUCUUCUCCUCUACUGUAGCUGAACAAUCAUACUGGUUUGAAAUGGAGUACAUUUAUACUUUUUACAUUAAAAAAAAUUAAGAUUUCAAAA